AUGGCUGAAGGCGCUGGGGACAAAAUGUCCAUGGAGGACCUUAUCAAAGGGGUCUUCGCCGAUCUCGUCAGCAUCGUCACCGAAGAUAUCGUUCUCGAAGCUCAUCGCACCGAGAAAGUAACAAACAUGGGGUUCUUUUCCCAAGACGGUGUUCUUGUCACCACCCAGGAACUUCAAACAAAACGGAAUGAGGAGCCUGAACACCUGAGUGCGAUCGUCAUGGGGCGCUCCCUCCGCAUCCCUAUUGACGAUAAUAUUUGCCAAAAAUGUCAACAUCCAAUCCAACAAAACCUUGAUACUUCCUUGACUGCACCGGCGCGUAAAUACUGCCCUAGGCCACCUUACAGAGACCAUACAGGACAAGACAUGUACGGGAAGUCAAUACAGUCUAGCAGCAUUCAAGUUCCCAAGGUCACAUCCAAACAAAAGUUCGCAAUAGAAACCCUACUACCAACAAGACAAACAACCCCGAUAAUAAGAGAAGAAACAGGAAAGCUACCACCCGUAAAGGAUCCACAAGGGAACCGCCUGUCAUGCCCCGCAUGCAACCAAGAGACAUCUUUUAAACUCUGGAUCUCAAAACAUAAAUCAUGUUUGGGAUUUACAGAUCGGAAGGUUCCCUCGCAUAAUGGAGAUAGUGGCUCAGGAACUCCCCACAGUCCGGAUAGUCCGAACUCUAGCUUUGCGGAAGGAGAAAACGCCCCUCCGCCAAAGAAGAAAAAGGUGCAAAGCGACCCAAAACCUCCUACUAAGAAGGCACAACCAAAACGGGAAUCAAGCAAUGCCGGAGAGCCUGUUCCAAAAGGCUCGAUAACUUCAGCCCCAAGACUCGAAAAAUCACUCUCGACGGCUUCUGCACGUCCAGAGUCACCUGCCCCUUCCGCUCCUUCGACCGGGGCUAACGCAGCGUCGAGUGGGUCCGGGCCCAAAAAGAAGAAACCACUCCUGAAACGAAAGGCGGAGAACAUCGAGGAUGAUGUUGAGAAGAAGCCCGUUGAUCCGUAUGAUAUCGAUUACCACCCAACUACAGCGAAGGAGAAGGACACGGCCUCUACUACCCCGACAAAACCAAACAAGAAACAAAAAACAAGCAAUACACCAACCCAGUCGAUGGAAAAUGUUCGGGUCUCUCCUCACCCAGGCACACCCACCACCAAGAACCUUGUCUCCAAAUUCAAGGAUAGAGCGGGAAGCCCUACUCCCACUAAAAAGGAGAGACUAGGUAAUACUGACACGAAGACACACUCAGAUAAUAGUGGGGCCGCUCGAAAGGCCUCUCCAAAACCGUCAGGGGACAAGGAUUCAAAGCUGAAAAAGUCAAGCAGUUCGAAGCCAGACGGCAGCCCAAAGAUGAAGAAACUGGCCCCUGGUAGUAUGGUCAAGUCGUCUAAGAAGGAAUCUUCUAAUAAAGGGCUGCCUCACAAGAAAAAGGAGAAGCGUCAGACGCCAGACCGCACAUAG